GUGGAGAAGCAACAAGAUCUAAAUGACGAUGAUAGUGGAUCAGAAACUGGCUCCGAAUCUAUGCUUAACUGUGAUUCUAUAAACCAAGCCCUAGAUCUCGAUGUAAACGACUCUGGACCUGGACCUUCUUCACGUAGAAUGUUUGGUGGUGAAGAAAGUGGACAUAUUUCUGAAUCAGUCUUAGAUGAUUCGUCUGUUCUCGAACACAAGAAUAAAGAUAUUGAAGAAAGUCACAAUCAGGUUAUUGAUGCUUCAGGGGAUGAGACUGAGGAUGAUGAAUUCUUUGUGUUACCAUCUCAGACAGUCAAAGAAUUCAAAUCCAACCGGAAAGAUAAAAGUAAUAAAAUGGCAGAUUUAAGUUUAACUGAAGAUAUUUUUGAUCCAUCUGUUGUGGCUAAACAUUAUAAAAACAAAGAUUCCUCUACAUCAAAAUUGGAAAUAAACAGUAGCAAGGAUAUCUUUGAACUAGAAACACAAGGUGAUGACUUUGAUGGCGUUUGUAAAUCCAGUGUUGGAGUCCCCGAGGACAGAAAUUUAAUGGAUAUUGAUACUGAGUGUGUAUUUAAUACAGAAGCACAAUUAACAGUGAGAGAUCAGAACAAUCAAGAUGACACAUCCAUUUUUGAGGCGGAAACCCAAGAAAUGGGUCUAAGUCAACUGCAAAUCCAAAAAGCAGAAAAAAGUUGUGAUAUUGAUAUUUUUGAUGCAGAGUCUGAGUUAGCUGAAUGUCAGAGGGAGCUUCACAACAAAAAUAAAGAAUUUGAAAGUUCAGGGAAGGAAAAUGUUAAAAAUGAGGACAAAUUAAAUGAUAUGAACAAAAGUGGAACUGAUAACGUAAACUCUUCAAAUGCCUUAGAAGAAGAUGAGAUAAGUGACCUUGCACUUUCAGCUGUCUUAUCACAAGUUAACAGUAGUUUGGAAUCACUGAAAGCCUCGAAUAAUGGCUUAAAAGACAUAACAAAAGAACUCACACAACCAAAUGCAGACAAUAAAGAUCAAGAAAAUGGAUCUGGAAGCAUUGUUGCUCACAAAGAGCAAAAGUGUAACUAUAAUAUACUAGAACAGACAAAAAUUAAAGCCACAGUUAAAACAAACACAAAUACUUCUUUAGUUAACACGGCAAAAUGUAUGGCAAGAAAUGAAGACAACAGUGGUACCAGUAAAAAUUAUUUAAAUCAAGAUGGACUGAAAAUGACUGACAAUCAAAUCGGUAUAAGUGAGACUUGUUCUUCAAAACGUAUCUCUUCAAAUGAAGAUAUUGAAGAAGCUCUGACACAAAUAAAUACUAAAUUAGUUGAAAAUAAAGAAUCUGGUUGUGAUACUUACCAGGAAAAUAGGUCACUUGAACUUGCAAAUCAAAAUAAUUUAGCAUAUGACAAAAGUAUUGAUCCUCCAAUCUUGAAUAUAAAUAAAGGAAAUCAAAAGGCUCAGACUGAAAAAUCCACUGAUUCUAGUUGUUUUGCAGGUGAUUCAGAUAAAGCACCACUACUAAAUUCAACCAUGACAAGUUCUGAAGAUCCGAACCUAAAAUGUACAUUCAAUAACAUUAAAAGUGAAUUUGAAAUAAAGAAAGAAAUUUUUUCUGACAUAAACAGUGAUGAAGAUGAUAAUUUUUCUCAUGAAGCAACACAAGUUAAUUUGAACAUUUGUGAUGUGAAAAAGAACAAUAGCAGAAUAUUUGAGCACUAUGAAAAAGGCUGUAAAAAGGAACAAAGUAUUGAUGCUGAGGAAACCCAACUAAACUUGAAUCUUUAUAAUUUGUUUGCUGAAACAGAGGUAAAUGAGGGAAAUCUUAAAAAUAAAAUUGAUAUCUGUGAAGCUGAGACACAACCAAAUUUGCAGUUAGAAAAGCCAAGCUUGAAUGAAAAUGAUAGCACUGACAUGGAAGAUGAAAUGGAAAUGCAUAAAUCCACUAAAUUAACAGGAAAUGAAUUUAAAAAGAAAAUAACUAAACACGAAUUUGAUAUUUGUGAAGCUGAAACACAACCAAAUUUGCUGUUAGAGAAAUCCAUAUUGGAAGAAAAUGGAAGAACUAAUAUGGAAGAUGAAGUGGGCUUUGAAGCUGAAACCCAACUGAAUGUACGACUAGAGAAACCCAACUUGGAUAAAAAUGGAAGAAUUAAUGUGGAAGAUGAUACGGGCUUUGAAGCUGAAACACAACUGAAUGUGGGGCUAGAAAAACCCAGCUUGGAUAGAAAUGGAAAAACUAAUGUUGAAGACGAAGUGGGCUUUGAAGCUGAAACACAACUCAAUGUACGACUAGAGAAACCCAGCUUGGAUAGAAAUGGAAAAACUAAUGUGGAAGAUGAUGUGGGCUUUGAAGCUGAAACACAACUCAAUGUACGAUUAGAGAAACCCAGCUUGGAUAAAAGUGGAAGAACUAAUGUGGAAGAUGAUGUGGGCUUUGAAGCUGAAACACAACUGAAUGUGGGGCUAGAAAAACCCAGCUUGGAUAGAAAUGGAAAAACUAAUGUGGAAGAUGAUGUGGGCUUUGAAGCUGAAACACAACUCAAUGUACGAUUAGAGAAACCCAGCUUGGAUAAAAGUGGAAGAACUAAUGUGGAAGAUGAUGUGGGCUUUGAAGCUGAAACACAACUCAAUGUACGACUAGAGAAACCCAGCUUGGAUAAAAAUGGAAGACUUAAUGUAGAAGAUGAAGUGGGCUUUGAAGCUGAAACACAACUCAAUGUACGAUUAGAGAAACCCAGCUUGGAUAGAAAUGGAAAAACUAAUGUUGAAGAUGAAGUGGGCUUUGAAGCUGAAACACAACUCAAUGUACGAUUAGAGAAACCCAGCUUGGAUAAAAGUGGAAGAACUAAUGUGGAAGAUGAUGUGGGCUUUGAAGCUGAAACACAACUGAAUGUGGGGCUAGAAAAACCCAGCUUGGAUAGAAAUGGAAGAACUAGUGUGGAAGAUAAAAUGAGAUUUGAAGCUGAAACACAACUGAAUUUGCAGAUAAUGAAACCCAAGUUGUGUGGAAAUGAAAGCAUACAUGUGGAAGAUAGAAUCUGUGAAGCUGAAACACAACCAAAUUUAAAGAUUCUGAAUCCCAGGUUGAAUAGAAAUAACAGAACUAAUGUGGAAAACAAAGUUAAAAUGAAUAAGUCCACUAAAUUGAGAGAAGAGGAGUUAAAUGAAAAAUGUAUAUCUGUGGCAGAUAUGGAAAUUUGUUCCACUGUAGGGCAAAAUGUGUAUAUUUCUACAAUCUUAACAUGUGAAAGUACAAAGAAAAAGCUCUUGAAUGACAAACCAUGUGACACUUUAAAUCAAAGCAUAUUCUUUAAUGAACCAUGUUCAUCAUCCACACCAUUCAAACCCUUUCAUAAUGUAAACUCUACUCAAGUUAUUAAGACAAAUAACUUGCACACUCCAAAAAGAAAGCCUAGUAAUGAAGUUCUGUCCGAAAGCCCAAUUUUACCUUCAACAGAAGAUUUGAUAGCAGUUGCAGACAAAACACCUGAGUAUAGUCAUAAAAGCAAUUUAAAUUCACAGCGAAAUAAAAAUGAUUAUGGGCCUUUGAUUGUAAAUAGAACACCUAGAGCAAAGAGGAUGGCGAGAAAAAUGGCUGAAUAUUUACAUCAGGUGAAAGAAGAAGAAACCAAUUGUAAUGAACAAUCUUCAGCAGUCUUAAAAAAAGUUACUAAAAACCAGAAAGAUAGUGAAGAAACUAAACCUGGCUGCAAAAAAGGUGUUGUAGGAAAAUUAAAAAAAGAAUUGAGUAAAGCAGACUUUAUUGAAAAAAAUAAUUCCAAUGAACUGGCUGAAAAUCCUGAUGAUUUUACAAAACUAAAUUUAAUGCACUCAUAUGUGAAAAUUGAAAAAUAUUGUAAUGAGUCUUAUCAAGAAUCUCUUGAAAAGAAACAAAAUUCAAGAACUUUUAAAUCUGAACCCAAGAUUGAUCUAAAACCUCCUACGAAAGAACAAUCUAGUAAAACUAGCACUUCCCAAAUUGAUGAUUUACCUCCUUUGAAUCAAAAUGAAAAACAGAUUAAAAAAUCAAAAAGAAUAGCUCAGAUUGCAACAAAUGAAAAUGUACCUAACCGAUCCAAAAAAGAAAAUAAAACCAAAACAAAGGAUGUUACUGUAGCAAAAACUAAUGGUAUAAAGCAGGAGGUAACAUGUAAAAACUCAGCUGAAGAAAAUUUACUCAACAAAGAAUAUGUAGAAAUAAUAGUUGAAAAAUCAGAAAAAAAGACAAAUGGUAGUAUAGUAAAGGAAAAUGAAGUUAGAUCUGAACUAGAAGAUAAUCAAUCUCACAAGGAUCUUAAUAAGUUAUCAGAAGCUAGCCCCAGAAAAAGUAGCCGUUCCAAAAAGGGCAAUUUAACUGGUUCUGAACUACACAAAGACCAAUUGUCCUUAAAGGAAGUCAAAGUAUUGGAAAACAAAAGGAAUGUGGAAAGUGAUACAUCAAAAGAAGAGAGUACACAUCCUCUAUAUGAAAAUGAAAAACAGUUAAAGAAAUCAAGAAGGAUAGCUAAAAUUGCAGUAAAUGACACAUUUUCUGAUCAAUCAAAAAAGCGAAAUAAAAGCAAAUCAGAUAAUGUUGUUGUACCAAAAAACUAA